AUGGCGACUUCUUUUAAUGCUAAAGAACACCAAGCUCGUCUGCACUCCUAUCGAGAAUACGUACCGAGUCCUUAUUUCCCAGCAUCAUAUGGCUGGAAAACCUUUGGUGGUAAUGGUCAUAUCUUAACUACCAUUCAAAGUAUAUGCCCCAGCAAUGAUGGCUUGCCUCCUCAAGAGGUGUCUCUUAUAAUAGUCAGAGACGUACUUCCAACAAGAUUUUGGGUCAACAAGUUAGGCGGCUGGAAAGAAGAAUUUGGCUACAUGAAAAACGCCAAAUUUUCCUUGGUAUUAGGAGAGCCACAAGAUUUAGAAUUUCACAAGGAUUGGGCGAAUGCAGUUGGAAGAAUCAAUGGUGCUACUUUGCAGAUCACAGGGGGUCCUUUUGUUCACAACUGCAUCCAAACAGAAAAUGUGGCGAUGCAGAUCCAUUUUGGGGCACCCGUCUUUGAACCUUUGGACCCCACAGCUAAUAUUUUAGACAGCAUCAUACAGACAUGGUCAGUGGAUGUCAAACAUCAAGCCGGCCUAGAUCAAUUGAAGACAACUCACAGAGUUAAUAGCCUGAAAGUCUUCGAUAUAGACAAAUCCCCGGUACUUCCUCAGCACACGUCAUCAGCACUGAAAGGCAAAGUCCCUCCUCUGCAGAGCGCACCUAGCUCUGCCAAUGACCCACCUACUCUGCCAUCAAAUGAUGAGACCUCUCAGGUGCAGACACAAACUCCGACAUUGAUGCCAAUGCAAAAGCAGUUACAGCCAUCACUCUUUCCAUCACAAAGUAUCUCCCCAUUCACUUCUUUGAGAUAUCCUGUUUCUGCAACAGAUACGACGACUUUGAUGGUCCCUGAGGAGGCAGCUGCAGAAACUCAGACCUCUCCUAUCACCUUUCCAUUCAAAGCAUGGAGAGGGCCAUGGGUCCUGCCCAGCACAGCGGAAUGUUACCCUUUUCCACUCGGGGAGAUACACGAUGAUACCACCAACAAAGGGGUGAACACAGGGCUGUCAUUGGGCCCAGUGUCUGUAAACAUCAGUAAUGACACUAGGGUUCCUGAGGAGCUUGCGUCCCACCCUAACACCGAUGGUACUUGCCUUAAGGACACUGGUGGAGAAACCGUUACAUGUGUCAAAGCGGAAAAUAUCGUGCAUGUCCAAUCUUCAGGAGGGCAGGAUAUCAUACGUUCGGCAGAGCUACCUUCAAGUUUAGAGAAAGAAAUCACUCCUACAAAGACAAAAGUCCAAGGUAAUAGAGGUAAGAGGAAAGUCGAGGAAAAGGUUCAAGAACGUUCCACAAAAGCCAAACUGUCAUAA